CGGUGGCUCCGCCCCGCUGCUCGCGCCGUCGCAGCGUUCACUUCCCGGCCCUCCCCGCCUCUAGUGAAACCAACGAGAGGACACCGCCUGCAUCUAGAGCAGCCCGACCGAGAGCGCAGCCGGGUGGCGCGGGAACGUGAGAGGAAAGCCGUGCGCGGCUGCGCUUUCCCACCCCUGAGCGGUUCUAGACGCGGGAAAAAUGCUUUCUGAAAGCAGUUCAUUUUUGAAGGGUGUGAUGCUCGGAAGCAUUUUCUGUGCCUUGAUCACUAUGCUAGGACACGUAAGGAUUGGUCAUGGAAAUAGAAUGUACCACCAUGAGCAUCAUCACCUACAAGCGCCAAAUAAAGAAGAUAUCUUGAAAAUUUCAGAGGAUGAACGCAUGGAGCUCAGUAAGAGCUUUCGGGUGUACUGUAUCAUCCUUGUAAAACCCAAAGAUGUGAGUCUUUGGGCUGCAGUGAAGGAGACUUGGACCAAACACUGUGACAAAGCAGAAUUCUUCAGUUCUGAAAAUGUUAAAGUAUUUGAGUCGAUUGACAUGGAAACAAAUGACAUGUGGCUAAUGAUGAGAAAAGCUUACAAAUAUGCUUUUGAUAAAUAUAGAGACCAAUACAACUGGUUCUUCCUUGCACGACCCACUACAUUUGCUAUUAUUGAAAACUUAAAGUAUUUUUUGUUAAAAAAGGAUCCAUCACAACCUUUCUAUCUAGGCCACACUAUAAAAUCUGGAGACUUUGAAUAUGUGAGUGUAGAUGGAGGCAUUGUCUUAAGUAUAGAAUCAAUGAAAAGACUUAACAGCCUCCUCAGUAUACCUGAAAAGUGUCCUGAACAGGGAGGGAUGAUUUGGAAGAUAUCUGAAGAUAAGCAGCUAGCAGUCUGCCUGAAAUAUGCUGGAGUGUUUGCAGAAAAUGCAGAAGAUUCUGAAGGAAAAGAUGUAUUUAAUACCAAAUCCGUUGGGCUUUUUAUUAAAGAGGCAAUGACUAAUCACCCCAACCUGGUGGUAGAAGGAUGCUGUUCAGAUAUGGCUGUUACUUUUAAUGGACUGACUCCUAAUCAGAUGCAUGUGAUGAUGUAUGGGGUAUACCGUCUUAGGGCAUUUGGGCAUAUUUUCCACGAUGCAUUGGUUUUCUUACCUCCAAAUGGUUCUGACAAUGACUGAGAAAGAAAGAAGAGCAUAUACGAUCACCAUAUAGGACAGGUAUUGUGACUAUUUGUAGUAACAACUACAUUUUAGUUUGGUGGCACUGGUUUAGUUGCACAUUAAUGUUUAAUGGUACAUUUUUAAAUAGGGCAGGGUUUUUUUUUCCUUAAAACGCGUGAAAAUUUCAAACAUGUUGCGAAGAAAUGUUUUAAGAAUGAUAAUUUUGCAAAUAAAAGAUAUAUUUAUAAAUAUAUUUAUGUGAUAAAUUCUAAAUUAUGAAUCUUGGCACAUAUUUUUGCUGAUCGGUUAAGAAAAUUAACAUGUCUUUUUAGCUUUCUAAGAUAUGCAAAUAAAAUCUCUUGUUGUGAAUUUGUGAGUAAAGUAAAACUUUCAGCUCUGUGUUUCCAUUACUUAUAAUACUGGUAUAUGUUCUGAGCCUCUGCAAAGUGCCCAUGGAUUUGCUUUCUCAAAAUACACAACCAAGUAACAAAAGAAAUGUUCCCAACUAAUGUUAAAGUGAAAGUUGAAUUCUUUCCCGGGGAGAAAAAGUGAAAAUUACCUAUAAAGGUUAAUAACUUUCCCGGGAGCUAAAAUAAUGGCAUUCCUCAGCAUAUACAAGUUCAGCGUAACUCUACUUCUCUAUGCAGUGGUCACUAUGAAGAAUCUAUAUCAGUUGAGAUUUCUUUACUCCUGCUGGGCAAAUGAGUUCUCUGGAACUCUCCUUUCAACUUGUUUUGAUAGUCUGGCAGUUUCACUUACCUGAGUAGAGUCUGCCCUGGUUUUUGUAUACCUGUUCAAAUUUUGAGACUUUUCCCAUGCUCAUAGUUGUAUCAUAUCCGGUGGUUUGGGGUAUGGAGGCCUUAACCUCACCAUUCACCUUGAAUUACCAUACCAUUUGCCUAAUUUCAGUGGCUACCCAGAAGCUUUAUCCAGGGGUGAAUAUAAUAGCUCAUGUGCUUAUAAUCGUGUGAAAUAAUUGGAGCUGAUUUGCUCUAUAACUGGGGCUGCACAUGCUAUAUUAAAGCAGAUCCAUAAGUGCCCCCAUAGGGUGUGAGACCAUGACAUUUCAGAGAUCAGUAUUUCCUGUAAUUGGCCUCAUGAUGUUAAUGGUCUCCCACAGAUUUUGCAAACCAGAAAGGGGAUUUCCUCAAGAGGGCCUCAGGCUUCAAAUUAUUGACCAUCAAUGCAUAAAGCACUUUUUAGAAAUUUACCUGAUUUUCAUUAUUGGGGCUUUUGCUUAAAAUGAAGCAUUGUUAAUUUUAAAAAAUAAUAAAACCUCUUUAUCAAGCACCCUAACAUGUGGUCUCAUAUGCAACUAAUACAGAUCAAGUCAUGUUCAGUGUAAGUACAGUGAUAAAAAGUAUCUCCCUGAGUAUGACACCCAAUUUGUGUCACCUUGCCCCAACAACAUAUUUUAAAGAAUUAUGCAGUUAUCACUUUCAAUUAUAUUAGUGUAUCAAGAUAUAAUUUAAUAAAUAUAUCGGAGAAUGCA